AUGUCGACUGCACGCAAGGACCGAGCACGGCUCGAGCCAACCGUUGAAGCGUCUGACGUUUCGUGUUCAUCCAUAUCCGUAGCCUUUGAGGAGAUCGCUCAUUCCAGGCGGGCCUUGCAAUCUUCGUACCGCAGGUUUUUCUUCUUCCACGUCUUAUCCCUCGUUCCAACUUUCGUGAUCCUGUUCACGGCGCUCGUGGGAACACUCCAAACCCGUCAGCUUUGCCACCUUGAAGAUGCGAAAGAGGUAGAGCUUUCUGGGUUGACGUUAAGAACAAGCUCACGGCUACAUGCAACACAUUCGGUCUACCAGAGAGGAAGAUGCCGGAAGAUCCUCGACGGACAGCUGCUAGCUUCGACCUUGGCGCUCGGCUUGGUGGGAUGGCUUGCCUCAUAUACCAGCCGCAAAGCAUGUCUCGCUUUUGCAGAUCGACUGAUACCCCGACUGCUUUCGUCCUCCCUCUCGCUGCUUUCUCGCUCGCCUCGCUUUCAACUUCCGAGGUCCGAGCACGGUGCAGGCAAAGAUAGACUGAUCGUUACGGUUGCGAUCGCAAUGCAAGCGUUGAUCGCUGAAUCCCUGCGUGUUCUCUCUUUCUACUGGGCAUGCUGCAUCCUAGUCACUGCACUCUACUUGUAUCCGAUCCAGGAGCGCAAUUCUUAUCAUCUGCAUGCGCAGGCAGUACUGGUCGAGCGAUAUACAGCUACACAUGACGGGCCUGAUUGGGCUUGGAGGCUCAGCUUCCGUGAUCCUCGGUUCUUUGUUGCGGCUUGGUCUUCGAUCGCAUGGGCCCUUGCCGAGUUUGGAUUCGGAGCAUUUCAGAUCCUGCACCAAGUCGCGCUCUACAAGCCUGCCGAUGUCGAGGAUCACAUUGAUGCACUCUCCAACAAUGCAGACGCCAUGCAACACGGUCGAGCUGCCGCAGGUCAGUCGGGCUUUAGCCUUCUCUCAGGUCAUCCCGGCAUCAGCAGCGACCAACUACCAACACCGGAGCGCGGCAAUGCCAAAGCAAGACGUAUGUCGGCCUCCCGAGCGCUCGAACAAGCACGUCAGCGUCUGGUACAGCCUCCCCCAGAUCCAGCAUCCACGUCACGUCAGCAAAACUAUGGAGCGAUGGGUUCGCUCGAGGAGGCCGUCGAAGACGCAAGUCACAGUGAGGGAGUUACAGACGACAACAAUGAUGAUGGCGAUGUUGAUGACGACGACGACGAGAGCUCCAGAGCGAGCAGAUCCGACUUUUCAACUACUACGAUCUCAUUACUGGAUCAGGAGCUAGAGGAGGAAGUAGAGAGAUUCUUGGUAGCGAAGGAGCGCUCCGAGGUCGAAGCAGUUCUUGGCGUGCCAUUGCCCGACAUUCCGGUCGCGUUGUGUGCCUUGUGGCGAAUAGAUGCGAUGCUAUGGAGUGUCGGUAGCAGUCUCCUCUUGUCGGCGUCCUUCACGCACGCGCAAGGUGCGCUGGGUCAUCUUUCGCAUAAUCGAUUCGACCUCUCUACCCACUUUCACCUCUUACCGCCGUUCGAAGGGUUCGGCUUCACAUUCGUUGGCUUGGUGGUGUUGCACACCAUCGUCUCCUCGCUCUGGGCUACUUCCUUGCCGCUGCUUGGAUUUGCCACAACAACGUACGCUUCGUUGCUGUUUGGCCUCGCCAUCAUGGUGGCCAGUCUAGCUCGGUGGGGGCUGUUGAUUUGA